ACUUCCGGCGCGCCAUGGCGGCCGCCUGCGCGGGCUCUGUGGAGCUGGGCUUCGCCGAGGUGGCGCCGGCGUGGCGGCUGCGCAGCGAACAGUUCCCCAGCAAGGUGGGCGGGCGGCCGGCGUGGCUGAGCGCGUCCGGGCUGCCGGGGCCCGCGGAGCUGUCCUGCGCGCUGUGCGGCCGCCCGCUGGCCUUCCUGCUGCAGCUGUACGCGCCGCUGCCCGGCCGCGCCGACGCCUUCCACCGCGGCCUCUUCCUCUUCUGCUGCCGCGCGCCGCCGUGCUGCGCGGGCCUGCGGGUUUUUAGAAAUCAGCUACCCAGGAAAAAUGACUUUUACUCGUAUGAGCCGCCCGCUGAGGAGCCGCCCGCGGCGACAGGAGACCCCGUGUGCCUGCAGCUCAAGUCCGGGGCUCGUCUCUGCAGGGUGUGCGGCUGUUUAGGCCCCAAAACGUGCUCGCGGUGUCACAGGGCACAUUACUGCAGUAAGGAGCAUCAGACUCUGGACUGGAGGUCGGGGCAUAAGCAGGCUUGUACGCAAGCAGAUAAUUUGGACAAUACAGUUCCAGACCACAACUUCCUUUUUCCAGAAUUUGAAAUUGUAAUAGAAACAGAAGAUGAGAUUACGCCUGAAGUUGUAGAAAAAGAGGAAGAAUCAGAGAUUAUAGGGAGCAUGGGUGAAGCACCUGAGGAAGAAUUGGAUUCCAUGGCAAAACAUGAAUCCAGGGAAGAUAAAGUUUUCCAGAAGUUUAAAACUAAAGUAGCCCUUGAACCAGAACAGAUUCUCAGAUAUGGCAGAGGGACUGCUCCCAUCUGGAUCUCUGCUGAAAAUAUCCCUCAAGAGGAGGAUAUUCCAGAUUGCCCCUGCGGUGCCAAGAGAAUAUUUGAAUUCCAGGUCAUGCCACAGCUGCUCAACUACCUAAAGGCCGACAGACUGGGCAGGAGCGUCGACUGGGGGGUCCUGGCUGUCUUCACCUGUGCUGAAAGCUGUAGGCUGGGCACUGGCUAUGCAGAAGAGUUUGUUUGGAAGCAAGAGAUAACAGAUACACCCUAAAGGCAACGUUGUAAAGCCUUAAAAAUGCUCAUAAUCUCUUUGACCUUGCGAUUCCAUUUCUAGACUUUAUCCUAAGGAAAUAAUUAUACCAGAGAUAGAGGUACAAAGAUGUUGUUUUAGGUGUUGUUUAAAACAUCUAAAUAUUAGUGGAAAAAAAUGACCAGUGACAGGGAGUUAAGUAAAUUUUGGUGGACCUAUACAGCAGAAGGCUAUGCAGUCUUAAUGAUAUAAACUUAUAUGCAUACCAAAUAAGAUACAGAUUUAAACUGACACCAAGGUAUGAUCAUAUUUUUCUAACUAUUUAUACAUGUGUAUGUGCACAGGAAUAAAUUUGGAAAGAUACACA